AUGUGCUACUACGGAAACUACUAUGGUGGCCUGGGUUAUGGCUAUGGCGGCCUGGGCUACGGCUAUGGCCUGGGCUACGGCUAUGGAGGCCUGGGCUGCGGCUAUGGCUGUGGCUAUGGUGGCUAUGGAUACAACUGCUGCCGCCCACUGUGCUGUGGAAGAUAUGGGUUCUAUGGCUUCUACUGA